AUGACAACUCGAACAUCAACUCGAUCGACAAAAGCUGUUAAAUUUAUUGAUUCAACUGAAUACGAUGAUGAAGAUUUAGAUAAAAUCACUCCACCUCAAAACAAAACUGAAGAGAAAAAACCACGAGGUCGACCACCUAAUUCUUCUCGUAAUCAAACAAAUCAUGAUGAAGAAUGGGAUGCAAGAAACGAACAACACGUUAGUGAUGAUGAUGAAAGAAGUGAUACUGAACAAAAUCCUACAAAAAAAUUUCAAGCUAAUAGAUCAGUUGGUUCAGUUUAUGAUUUUAAUCCAACAUCAAGAAAAUGGACGAAAUCAACAAUACAAAAAAAUAGUUCCGUAUCAAAAACAAAUGCAAAUGACAAUAAAUCAAUAGAGAAAUUGAUGUGUCAAUACUGUAAUUAUACAACAGCGAAAAAAUAUCUUCUUCAGAGACAUUUAAAAUCUCAUUCAACUGAACGACCACAUAAAUGUGCAUAUUGUGAUCGAUCAUUUAAAACAACUAUUCAAUUAACAAAUCAUGUUAAUACACAUCUUGGUGUUAAACCAUUUCAAUGCAAAUUUUGUGCAUUUUCAUUUACAACAAGUGGAGAAUUAAUUCGACAUGUUCGAUAUAAACAUACACUUGAAAAACCACAUCGAUGUGAUGAAUGUGGUUAUGCAACAGUUGAAUUAAGUAAAUUACGACGACAUAUUCGCACACACACAGGGGAAAAACCAUAUGCAUGUCCACAUUGUUCAUAUUGUAGUCCGGAUACAUUUAAGCUUAAAAGGCAUUUACGUGUACAUACCGGUGAAAGACCGUAUCAAUGCACAAUUUGUAGCUUUCGAUUUACUCAAAGUAAUAGCUUAAAAGCUCAUAUGUUAACUCAUCAGGCUGAAAAACCUUCAUAUCCUUGUUCGUAUUGUCCAUCUGUUAUGGCUCGAAAAUCUGAUCUUCGUUAUCAUAUUAACAAACAACAUGCUCCUCAAUCUGAACCUUUACCAUGUAAUAAAUGCGAUGAAGAUUUUCCUGACAAAUAUACAUUACGUAUGCAUGGAAAAACUCAUAAAGGUCAAACAAUUUAUUCAUGUACACAUUGUGAAUUUUCCGCAAAUACAAGUCAACAAUUAGAAGAUCAUAUGAAUACACAUCGUGGUACACGUCCAUUUCAAUGUAGUGAAUGUGGUUUAAUGUUUGCUGCUCGUGCUGAUUUACGUGCACAUGUUACACGUACACAUCGAAAUACAUCAACAACAACAACAACAACAACAAUGAAUCGUCGUCCACAACGACGUGCUGCAUCAUUAAAUCAUCGUUAUAUUGGCGUUGAUGAUGAUGAAAUUGGUAACGAACAAAAUAAUAAUAAUAAUAACGAUGAUGAUAAUUAUCAUUGUUCAAUAUGUCAGAGACAAUUUACAUCAGCUAGAUUAUUAAAUCGACAUAUAUCAGCUGUACAUGAAGUAAAACAUAAUUUAUAUGAUGAAAGAAAUUAUCAAACAAAUGAAAUGGAGAGAGAAAACAAUAAUAAUAAUAAUAAUUAUGAUGAUGAUAUUCAUGAUUAUGCUGAUGAUGAACUUGAAGGUAAUAAUAAUGAUCAAAUAAAUCUUAUUAAUGAAAAUCUUAUUGAAAAAAAUCAUGACGAUGAUGAAGAUGAAGAUGAUUUAGCACCAAUUGUUGAAGAUAUUAUGGAUGGUGAUGAUGAUUUUGAACAAAUACCAACAAUUAAAUCAGUAUCAUCUGCUGAUCAAAAAAAACGACAAAUUAUUGAACAAAAGGAUGUAUCAAAUAUAAAAAAAUAUAAUAUUGAUAGAAAUUUAAUUUUAUCCAAUGAAGAUGAAAAGAUCGAUUAUGAUGUAUUUGGUUUUAAUGGAUAA